AUGGGUCAAGAGUGGAUACUUCUCAACCUCGACAAGCGCCAGAUGACCAACUUAUACAAACGCGAAGACCUCUGGGGCAGAGGUCUCGUAUUUCUCGACAGCUUUCUCUUUUACCGUCCGGUCUAUCUCGCCGACCUCGACGAUGUGAAGCAGCCUGAAUCUGUCGGACAGGUCAAAUCGACCCCGAGUGCCACUGUUCAUGCCAGCGAAUCACCUUCCGUCACAUCCCAGAACAAGCGCAAGUCGCCCAGUGACACUCAUUUAGACUGCGAUGACGGAGGAUUCCAUCUCUCGAAGCGCGUAAAGUCCACAUGCACUUCCAACAAGUUCUCGUUCUCGCCCGGCUCGAAUACGGCACCUACCAGCACACCUUAUCUUUCCCUCCUACCAGCCGAGCUCAUUGAUCGGAUCUGUACCCAUCUUCCCGACUACGUCGAAGUCACUAUAUUUGCUCUGACUUGCCGUCGACAUUGGCAAAUCAGCCGCCGCCACAUCCGGUCCCGCCUGAAACUAUUGUCUGAUUGGGCAGGCGAUCGACUCAUCUGCAUAGGAAGCUACGCCAAGGACCUCCCGCCUGGGUUACUCACAGCUGCUGAAGAAAAAGAGUUGGAAAUGGGCCUUACACAUGCCGAGAUCGUGGAACGCUGGGGAAUUCAAGACAAGGAGAGCGAUGACAACGACGGGAAGACAAAGCGAGUUAGCCUUUAUGACCUCGCGUGUGCCCGCUUCCCGAGGCGGGUCGACAUUGAUUUGGUUAAGGAGGUGAGAAAGAAAUUGGAGCACAUGGACGACCACACUUUAGAAGUCUACAAGACCUGUGAUCUGCUUCUGAGCCUCACCAAACCAUAUUACUCGUGCGAGAGGCAUCACACACAACUACCGAUAGGUGGGCCCGAGGUGAUCGGUUUGCGCCAGGUGUACUGGAAUGCGCGCUCUAGGGGGCCUAAAGCCGAGGAUGAAGAGCAAUGGGCUGUCCUGCGAAACCUUUCUCGGCGCGAAUAUGUGCAUAGCAAGGCAAUCCAGGAGCUCAAGGAUCGCGAUUAUCGACAGGAGCCUGAACGGGCUGUGCGUGAUCUAGAGUCGUUUGGGUUCGGUGAAGUGCUCUGCUUGCGCUCGUUCUGGUCGCAGACCGACGAGAGAUCACCUUACAGCUGGGACUAUUCCCGUGGUGUUUGGACUGGGCAUCGGUUUGAUAUCGUGCUGGAGCAAGAUCUGGAAAAGGCGAUGGAAAAGGAAGAGUGGAAGGAUGUGAGCGAGGAAGCGUUAGCGGAGGUGCUCAAGGUAUGCCUGACAGGAUAUUACUGA